AUGAAAAUGCAGCCUCAGUUUGACCUUAAAGUAACGGAUGGGGUACUUCUGAAAGAUAUGGACUGGUGGGAACCGACCUCGCAGUACUGCAUAGAUAGCAGCUUACACGGCUUCCGGUUCAUGGGACAACCGAAGCGUCAUUUUGUGGAAAGAGUCUUUUGGUUAAUCGCAAUUAUCACUUCUAUGUCGGUUGCGGUAAUUUUGAUCCUCCAAAUCUGGGAGAAGUAUCGCCUCACCCCAGUCAUCACGGUGUUCCAACCAAAGGAUACUAGAAUUAAUCUCUUGCCAUUUCCUGCAAUCACUAUCUGCAACACGAACAAUGUGCAGAAAUCGAAGGCCGAGGAGUAUGAAAAUCGACUGAUUGCAAAUCCGACGGAUGCGCAGAUCAACAGUGAUCUCUACAGAUUGAACCACAUUUGUCAAUCUUCCUCAACAUUCAAGGAUUCUUUCAACCUUUCCCUCAAUCGAGGUGCUGUGCGGAGGGAUCUCAUUCGACAAGUCAUCGAAUUCAAAGCCAGUCGAAAUCUCCCCUUUGGGACGAAUUCUGCUACUUUUAAUUAUUUAUUGAGAGAUGUGGCCCAAAAAUGUGACGAGAUGAUUCUUCUCUGCAUGUGGGGAGGUGAAGUUAGGAAAUGUAGCCAUUUAUUUGAAGAAAUUGAGACGGAUUUCGGCUACUGCUGCGUUUUUAAUAUGGUUCCGAUGUCUUUGUUGAUGAAUUUGAGAAAUGAUUCACGAGACAACCAAGCCAGAAUUGAGGAAUGGGAAUCCCUUAGUUUGGAUACAGACAACAUUAUCCUCGACGAGGAUGGGACAUUUGAAAACGAAUAUAUGCAAAAGUUUGGAACGCUACCGAGAUUUCCGCGUAGGCAACGUCGACCUGGGAAAUCAACUGGACUCUCAGUUCUACUGAAUCCGGACGAGGAAAGCUAUUUCUGCACGAAUACUGAUUCCGUUGGAUUCAUGGCAUUGGCUCAUCUUCCCUUCGAUUUUCCGAACGUGGCCGAUAAAGGAGUCCCCAUUAAACCGAAUACUGAAACAUAUCUCAAAAUCGAACCCGACAUUGUCACGGCUGGAAGUGAAAUUCAAGGCUUUCCAUUGGAUAAACGCAAUUGUUACUUUGGACAAGAAUUCUCCCUAAAAUACUUCAAAUACUAUACUCUAUCCAACUGUGAAAACGAAUGUAUUGCCAACUUAACGUUUAAGGAAUGCGACUGCAUUCGCUAUUACAUGCCGAGAAGCGAAAUUCAAGAAAUAUGCGGAGUAAAAAAAUACAACUGUUCGGAGAAAAUUAUUCGGAAACUUUUAAAAGAGGGGUUGCAAGAUCGGUGCAAAAUGUGCCGGCCUACAUGCAAUGACAUUGAGUUCAAAAUGACCACAAGUUUCAUGCCGAUGAGGACUGACAUUCCUCUCUGGGAGUAUCCAAAUCGAACCAAUGCUUCAUGGUUGAUUUAA